AUUUAAACGGCUAACGUUAACAGAGCAUAGCAGUGUUUAACAGUCCGGAUAACACUUCAUUAAACUGGAAUAAAUUGGGAAUAUUUGAGUUUGGUUUGUGUUUGUCGGGUUUAUUAGACUGUUAUGUAGCUACCGGACCGGUCAGAGCCGGUUUUAAUGGGCGGACUCUUCAGUUUGUGACAUGACUUCAUCGGUUUCUGUUAGCUAGCAUUGCUGCUAGGCUAAGCUAACUCUCAGCUAACGACUUCGGGACUGUUUGGUUUUCUCCCGCAGACAUGAUUUAAUUUCUGGUGAACUGUAUCAACAGAAAACACCGCGUUUUAUAACAACACCGACCUCCAGAGAGCUGAGCUGACCGAGGCGGGCAGACCAUGACCCUCGCCCCGAAGGAGCUGUCCAACCUGCUGAGCAUCAUCUCGGAGGAGGCAUGCACCAACACCUUCGAGAGCCUCUCCACCCACUUCCAUCACUACUUCGGGAAAGCGGAGCACUUCAGGGUGGGCUCGGUGCUGGUCAUGCUCCUGCAGCAGCCUGACCUGCUGCCCAGCUCCCCGCAGAGGCUCACCGCCCUCUACCUGCUCUGGGAGAUGUACCGCACCGAGCCGCUGGCUGCGAACCCCUUCGCUGCCGUGUUCGCUCACCUGCUGAACCCUGCACCUGCCGGGGAGGAGCAGGAGAAGGUGCUCUCAGGCUUCCUGCCUCCCAUCACGCACCCUGAAAAGUUCUUCCUGUCCCAGCUGAUGUUGGCGCCGCCCAGGGAUCUCUUCAAGAAGACGCCCAGACAGGUGUCCUGCAUGGAUGUCGGCAACAUGCCGCAGGCCAUCGACAUCAGCGGGCUGCAGCUGGCGUUAGCAGAGCGUCAGUCGGAGCUGCCCACUCAGAGUAAAGCCAGCUUCCCCAGCAUCCUCAACGACCCUGAUCCAGACUCUUCUAACUCAGGAUUCGACAGCUCUGUGGCCAAUCAGAUCAUAGAGUCUCUGGUCACAGGGCCCCGCCCUCCACUGGAGAGUCACUUCCGCCCCGAGUUCAUCCGCCCACCCCCUCCCCUCCAUGUGUGUGAGGACGAGCUGGCGUGGCUGAACCCCACUGAGCCGGAUCACAGCAUCCAAUGGGAUCGCUCUAUGUGUGUGAAGAACAGCACCGGCGUGGAGAUCAAACGCAUCAUGUCCAAGGCCUUCAAGAGCUCGCUGUCGGCUCAGCAGCAGUCACAGCUGUUGGCGGAGCUGGAGAAGGACCCGAAGCUGGUGUACCACAUCGGUCUGUCUCCGGCGAAGCUCCCUGAUCUGGUGGAGAACAACCCGCUGGUGGCCAUCGAGAUGCUGUUGAAGCUGAUGCAGAGCAGCCAGAUCACUGAGUAUUUCUCAGUGCUGGUGAACAUGGACAUGUCACUGCACUCCAUGGAGGUCGUCAACAGGUUGACCACAGCGGUGGACUUACCUCCAGAGUUCAUCCACCUCUACAUCUCCAACUGCAUCUCCACCUGUGAGCAAAUCAAAGACAAGUACAUGCAGAACCGUCUAGUCCGUCUGGUGUGCGUCUUCCUCCAGUCGCUGAUCAGAAACAAGAUCAUCAACGUUCAGGACCUGUUCAUCGAGGUGCAGGCCUUUUGCAUCGAGUUCAGCCGCAUCCGAGAAGCUGCGGGCCUCUUUCGCCUCCUCAAGACCCUGGACACCGGAGAAAACCCCGCCGAGGCCAAACCUGCCAAAUAAUGAUCCUCACAGAGACAGUGCACAGACAGACUGGAGUCGUGGUCUGAGCUGCUAAAAUAAAUCUAUCAAACAGUCAAAGGGACACGGUUUGGUGCAACACGCUUCAUGACUCUGAACAUCACAGGAGCAGAAACUAGUGCAGUUGAUACUGUAAAUAUGUGGUGACGUCAGGGUCAGGGCGGUGUAAAGGUGUUCAAACUGGUUUGAUAUUAGGCCAAACACCAGACUGGACUGGUACGCUGAAUGAUACCAGGUGUCGCUACCCCUGAGAGGAACAUAAAAACACUGUGUCUCAACAGAAAACUAGCGACUAUUACGUCACAUCACGUAAUAUCAACACCAUUAAAGAAGCACUUCUGUUACUUUAUGUAAACAAACCAGGUAAACAUCAGCUGUUUGCUCGAAAUCAGACCGGAGACGUAACCACGUAAAAGAUGAGUGAGCAGCCUACAUGCUGUCCUACUCUGUAAACCUUUUAAAACAGAAAACACAUUUUAUAUUGUGAUUGACGCACAGUUUGGUCGACAGCAAGUAGCCUAGCUUGUUAUUAACGAGAGUUAUUUAGCUCAUCGGGAACUUUCAGCUCCAUUGUGACACCGUCAGCACAGAUUGCUGAUUUAGGCGACUUUUUAAUUUGCAAUGUGUUAAAACGACAAACGCCGGUUCAGCUGGUUUGCAUAAAAUCAAACUGGUCUGAGCUCGUACACCGUGCUGGAAACUGACCCAACUCUGAGUGACGUCAUCCUCAGUUCUGCCUCUGAACUCUGUCUCAUCCUCCCGUCUCUAUUUUCCAGAAGUCAAACAACAAAAGGAUGAACUCACUUCACCGUUUCAUUUUUCUACCAGAGCUCUUUUCCUUUGGAAAUCUUUUCCUUUUCUCUAAUUAAACAGAUUGUUUAGUUGAA